CACUCCUCUCUCUCUCAGGCACCGCUGCCAUGAACACCUUCCUGCUCGCCACACUGUGCCUCCUGGGGACCUGGGCAGCCCUGGCAGAGGGCGUCACUGUGCAGGAUGGAAAGUUCUCCUUUUCUCUGGAGUCAGUGAAGAAGCUCAAGGACCUCCAGCAGUUCCAGGAACCCAGAAUUUGGAGUCACAGGAAGUUUGGUGGACCCAGCGUUCCCACCGUCUGUAGCGAUUCUAAGUUUCCGGAAGAACUCAAGCCUCUCUGCAAGGAGCCCAAUGCCCAGGAGAUCCUCCAGAGGCUGCAGGCCAUCGCUGAGGACCCCAACACCUGUGAGCUCUGUUCCUAUGCUGCCUGUGCUGGAUGCUAGAACAGCAGGGGCUCGCUGCCUUCUGCCUCUUCCCUGCAGAAUGCUCCGAGUCCUGGCAGCUCACUCUACCUUGCCCCCUGAAUGGUGGAUUGAGGAGAGAACAACCUGGGGAGGCCCAGCUCCUGACUCCAUCUGAACUGCUGGGUGUCUUCUCAAGACCUACUCCAACCUUCAGCCAAUAAACCAGAUUCCAGAGUA